AUGUCACCAAGCGCUGAUCAUGAAGGUUAUCGCAUAGGCCCUGUCGAUGCGUCUACUACUGUCGUUGUCGUGGGUGCCGGGCCAUCGGGGUUGAUGCUGGCUUGCAACCUCGUCCGAUUUGGAAUCGCAGUAGUUAUCCUCGAUGAUCGCCACAACAAAACAUCUACAGGCAAGGCUGAUGGAAUGCAACCCAAAACCAUCGAGACAUUCAAACAACUGCGUCUCGCGGAGCCUUUGUUAAAAAAUGCAGCUCGAGUCCACGAUAUCUCUUUCUGGCAAUCAACCGCCGAUCAACCCCUUUGUCGAACAGGUCGUCAAACUCAUUACCCCGAGCACCUCGUCGGCGCAUCCGAUCCAUAUAUUCUUCUAGCACACCAGGGCAUGGUUGAGGAGGUCAUGAUUGAUGAUAUGGAGUCAAGGGGUGUAUUCGUCACGCGUAACAGUCGAUUCACCUCAUGCUCGCGCGUGUCUGGAACGAAUAAGCUGGAAGUCGUGUAUGAAAAUGUCUCUACAGGCACUUCUCACAAGAUCCAAACAGAUUAUCUGGUUGGGUGUGAUGGAGCAAGAUCCAAGGUCAGGGGAUUCAUCCCAGAUGCCGAUUUGGAGGGAGAAAUCACCAACGCGGCUUGGGGUGUGCUGGAUGGUGUAAUCAAUACCGACUUCCCUGAUCUAUGGAGCAAAGUCGCUUUACGAUCUUACUCCGCCGGGUCUAUCCUUUGGAUCCCACGCGAAAGGGGCAUGACUCGGUUGUAUGUCGAGUUGAGUUCAACGGACGGCGAGCGAGUGGACAAGUCCAAAGCUACCACUGAAUAUGUGAUGCAGCGUGCGAAAGAUGCAAUGCAGCCUUUCCAACUUGAGUGGAAAUCCGUAGAGUGGUUUGGAACAUAUGUGGUCGGACAACGCGUUGCGAAGCAUUUUAUGGAUCCGCAGGCACAGAUCUUCAUUGCAGGAGAUGCCGGCCAUUGCCACUCAGCACUUGCUGCUCAAGGUGCCAACACUAGCAUGCACGAUAGCUUCAAUCUUGCAUGGAAGAUCAAUCUGCUCAGCAGAGGGCUGGCUAAGCCAUCUAUACUUCAUACUUAUGAAGAAGAGCGACGAAAGAUUGCAUACGAUCUCAUCAAUUUCGACGUGGAGCACUGCAAAGCCUUUGCAGAGGGUGAAGCAGCAUUGUCAAAGAACUUCGAUGACAAUAUCCGGUUCAUCUCCGGUGUUGGAGCGGAGUAUUAUCCUGGAAUGCUCACGGCCGCUUCAGCCAAUGCAGGCAGGCUCCAGCCUGGAAUGUUGCAGCUUCCUGCUAAAGUCACUCGCUAUAUCGAUGCCAAUCCAGUCGAUAUCCAAUUGGAUAUUCCCCUCCUCGGCCAGUUCAAGAUAUACACAUUUGUGCCUGAUAUUUCCCAGUCAAUGGUAUUCCUGCAAAGUAUUACGCAAGAGCUGAAGACAAUCUUCGCCAAAAUUACGUCCCAGGCUGAACAAUCCUACGGGAAACAACCUAGAGGCUACGCUCCAUCUGAUGAGUUUGAUCAGUCUCAUCGAUACACGGCAGUCUCCGAGGCUUUCACAUUGGCGAUGGUGACACAGACUCCCCAGUCAGAAUUCGAGAUCGCGGAUCUACCAGAUCUUCUCCAGAAGAGUCGCUGGACCUUGUAUCUGGACAACCCUGAAAAGGCCAGUUGUACCCAGAAGUGGUUUGGUGAUUUGAAGGGCGAGAAGGCCGGUAUCGCCAUAGUUAGACCAGAUGGAUAUGUUGGGGCUAUUGAUACCUGGAGUACUGGCGAAGGAGAGACUGCGGGACAGUUCCGCAUUGAUAUCGGCCGCUAG